CAUUCAUACCUUUUUACUACAAUGUGUAGUUGAUGAACAGCUUUUUUCUCAUAGGUUGACAGGGCAGUAACUUGAUAGAAACCAGUAUGUAUGUGUUGCCACCAGGGGCGGACUGACAACUCAUGGGGCCCCGGGCAAUAGGGGAUCAUGGGGCCCCUGUGUCCUUGCCCAAACUCAAAAAAGCCUAUGAAAAAGGUACCAGGGGCAUCUCAUGGGGCCCCCUACUGACCUCGGGCCCUCGGGCAGUGCCCAAGUUUCCAAAUGGUCAGUCCGCCCCUGGUUACCACUAA